AUGCAUCAGAAAGACGCAUCAGAUACAGAGCAGAGUAAUGUGCCUUUUAAACAACCAGUCGAAUCUAUUAAACCACUUAUAAACGCCCAUCCUAGAACACAUGAACAACUAUCUAUACCUCCAAAACCUGCCCGAACUAUUCAUUCAUCACGCCAUAUUCAUAUUGCGCCUGGAUAUUCGACUUUAGACUGGGAACAAUUAAAACGAACGUCUUCUUCUUUUCCUAAAGCAAAAAAAUCUCUUUUAUAUAUUACAUUAGCUGAACUUCAAUUGCACAAUCAAAUAAAUGACGCUUGGAUUGCACUUAAUGGCAAAGUUUAUGAUAUAACAUUAUACAUACCUUACCAUCCGGGAGGAGAAGAAAUCAUGAAAGCAGUGGGUAAAGAUGGAACAAAAUUACUGAUGUCAGUUCAUCCUUGGGUAAAUUAUGAAUGUCUUCUUGACAAAUGUUGGAUUGGUCUACUAACUUAUAGAUAA